AUGAGUGGAGUUUGGCUGGAGAUUGAUUUAAAUGAGACAACUGUGCUGAUUGAUAAUGUCACAAACGCGUCAUUAGCCCUCGCUAAUACUCAGUUUAUUGAAAGCCGAGUCUACGAAGAUGACCCGAGCAGCGAAAAGCAUCAAAAGAAAAAAACCGAGACUGUUGAUGUCCAGAAAGAAUUAAGCGAAGCUGAGAUGAUUGCAAUAGUCACCGAAAACAUCCAGCGAGGGCUCCAAAUAAUGGACGAAAAAUAUGACCGGCUGGAAGUGAUCGCUAGUGACGACAGCGAUGAUGAAAAUCCCAGCCAGUCGAUGGUAUCAGUGCCGAGCUUUAUCCUGAGGCCAAAGGAUCCUUACAAAGACCGUCCAUUGCCGUAUGUGAUUGGUUCGGACAAAUGGCAGGCUUCGAAUAAAAUAGGAAUCGAGUCGAGCAGCAGCGAGUCAGAGGCUCUGGAUAAUGAGGAAGAUGAUGAUGAUGAUGAUGAGAGCACUGAGGGUGACAAAAUAACACAUAUCUUUAAUUCUACUCAAAGAAAUAAUUUGCUGGUCAAAAGAUCCUCAUUGUCGUCCAGCGAGUCUAGUGACUUUAAUGAUAAAAGUAAUAAUACUAACAAGCUAGCCAGUGGUCCUAGUUCGACGACUGAUAAAUUGUACACCAGGAGUCAGGAUACGCUUAACUCAACCUCGGAAAUUGACACGCCUGUUGAAGUUAAAGGAAAGACGGGGAGAGACGCUCCUGGUUUCGCUGAGGAACUUGCCAAGAGGCUGGGAAGUGUUUUGCCUGAUGAUCUGUUUGAUAACGAGGAGAAGAAUGAAGAUAUAUUCAAUGUUAAAAAGGACAAAAUGUUUAGUGAUGGAGGACUGUUUGAUGAGGACGUGCCAAAUAGUUUAUGGAACAAUAAGCCAUUGAGACGCCCGCAAUCUAAUAUCAUACCCGCUAGUAUUGAUUUACCGCCACCGAUCCAUUCUGUUGAAGCUAAACCUAAAUCUUCAAUCGACGAUCUGUUUGGUGACGUGGAUUCUGACGACUGUGACGAUAUAUUCGCGCCUCGUAACUCGAGUACUGUUGUAGUUGAUAAAACUGGCAUGAGUGAUAAACCAAAGAAUGAGUCGAAUAGAUUUCCUAUUAUUGAUCAAACGGGUACUGAAAAAGUGGCGACAAGUACGCCGGAUAUUAAUACCAGUGUCCCUAAUCUGUUCGAUGACGAUGAGGAUGAUAGUUUGUUUGAUUCUGUUAAAAAUUCAGCGCCAGUCAGGUCACCAGAGGCGCGAGUACCCGGUGUGUUGAUAAGUCAGGCAGACCUUUUAUCUUCGAGCUUAGGCAGCAAAAUAUUCCAGCGUGCGCGUCAAGAUUCCUCGGAGUCAUCUGAAACUGAAGAGAGUGUCGGAUUUAAAGGAGAAGGAGAUAGGAAUGCAUCAGUGGUUACUGUUGAUAAUGUUAGUCGCAGUAGUAGUGUAAGUAGCAAAAGUAAUGCUACUCAGUCGCGAGAAAAUGAUAAAACUACAUCCCGGUCUAACGCGAGCUCGACUAUCGCCGGAAAUCGGAUUCAUGUCAGUAGAGAAAGUAGUGACAGCAGUGGAAUUUCAGUACCACCACUGAGUAUCAGCAGCAAUCUGUCUACAAGCCUCGGUCUCGAACGACCGCAGAUGGAAUCAACUCGUUUGAUUUCUGAAGAAUUAUCCCGAGAAAGAUUAACAAGCGACAGCCUUUUAAAUCAACGAUCACGUCAGCAAGGUGAAGAAGUUAAUUCUGGACGUGAUGUAAGCGCUCCAGCGUCAGGAGGAGCUGUGCAGGAGCACUUGACCACCAACUCUAGUAGUACCAGUAAAAGCAAUGCUAGUAGUAAAGAAGUAAAUAUAUUUGAUGAUGACGUAUUUAGCCCACCACCGUUGCCUAAAAAUGAUAUCAAGUCCAAGUCCAAAGUAGUGUCACUUUUUGACGAUUCUGAUUCGGGUGACGAUCUAUUUUCGAAUACAAGUUCUGGCUCGCGUUCGCAAAAGAGCGCAGAUGUACUAACUCACAGUAAUAAUAAUUUACCGCAUAAACUUGCUCAAGAAGCUAAGUCAAAAAUUAAUCAGACAAAGCUGAAGCACAGUUUGUUUGACGACGAUAAUGAUAAGAUUGAAGAUAUCUUUGGCAGCGCAGACGAUUCGGACAUUGACAUUUUCGCGAGACAAAAGUCUAAAUCUAAUACUUUGGUAACCAGGGUGUCAUCUGAUCUGCUUGCUAAUAAGGCCAGUGUGAAUAAUAAUACUACUGAAGAAAUUAAAGUAGGUGAUAAAAAAUCACCUAGUUUUAUCUCGAACAAGUCUGAGAAAAAAACUUUGAGUAUUUUUGAUGACAGCGAUGAGGAAGACGACGAUUUGUUUAGUACAAAUACUAAAAUAGCGAAGAAACCUUCAGAUAUGUUUUAUGGGGGCGGUAUUACUCCAAGUGGAGGCGAAAUGAGUGAUGAUGUUGAUGAUCUUUUCGCAAAGUCAACAUCAACAUUAACAAAAAAUAAACUUGAAGAAGAAAAAGAGAAGGAGGAGGAGGAGGAGGAGGAGGAGGUAAAAGCCGUAGAAGAGGCGGCGAGUCCGAAAAAAGAUUCCGCUGAGGCUGUGACGCUUGUGGAGGGAGAGAAGAAAAGUCAAGUCAAACUAGAUGAGAAACAGAACAACAGUGACCACGUACUCCCGUCAGUUGAUGUUAAUUUACAUUCACAGAGCCGCAGGCUUUUUGAUGAUUAUGCGGGUGAAGACAGCGACGACGAGGACAGUCUUUUUGGAAAAUCAAAUGUGAGGUCACAAGGCUUUCCUGUUUUUAAUGACAGUGUUGUAAAUAUUAAAGAAACUAAAAUAACAAGUGUACAAAUUAGUAGUGAGCGGGGUGAUAAUUAUUCUGAUACUGAGGCAAAUAGUGUUUCUGCAAUAGAUGGUGGUAAAAUGUCGAGGAUUACUGAUAAUGAUACCAAGAUCAGGACACCGCCGAAAAGUUUGAAAAUUAAACUACCUACUGUCACUGCUGAUGAUGAUAACGAGUCAGUGUCACCGCCAAGGCGCGCUGUUUCGGGGAAAAUUAAAAAUCUUAUGGGUAAAAUGGGGGAUCUUAAAAUUCUAUCGCCCACUGACACUCCUCUGACCUGGAGAAAGGCAGCUGGGGAUAAUAAUAAGAUUUUACAAAACCGUGCUCGAAUUCCUGUUAAGCGGCGACCUCAGAGCAGACAAGCCCGUCAAACGGCACUCAGAACAAGUGGCCUAGAUUUCGAUGCAGUCGAUACGGCUGGCUCCGUAGCAUUUGACUCAAACAAUUUAGCUAGUUCAACCACGGAAACUAAGACAAGAAGUGCCGCAGACGAUAGCCGUGACGAGGGAGUUGUCAAAAAUAAACAUUAUCUGAACUUAACAACAGACGACCGUUCGGAAAUGAGCCUCAGCAAAGACGGUUCAAUAAGUACCACAAAAAACACAUUGUUGUCGCCAUCGACCGACGAGGAAGAUUUAUUCGAUGUGCCGCCUGACUUACCCGAAGAUCCACCGAAAGAAGACAGUCUGUUUGACCAAGCGCCGAUUCUCUCACCAGUCCAAGCUCGCAGGUCUAAAACUAAUUUUGAUAAUAAAUCACACUCUUCUUAUUCAGUUAAUAAAUCAAAAGUCGAGAGUAAAAAUGAAGUAAAAGAAUCUCAUAAAGAAGAAGAAGAAGAUAAAUCCUUAUCAGCUCCUAUCGAUCCACUGCGUGAUGACAAUCAUGAUCCUUUAAAAGAUCCUAGUCAAUUGUUUGCAUUCGUAACUAAAACUCCGUCUCCGGAGAAAGGUCAGGGUUUGUUAUUCGAUGAAGACGACAGUCUAUUUAGUACCACUAAAAAUGAAGCUUCUGCUUCUAUUAGUGAGUCUAAUAAAAAAUCACCGCUGGAUUUAUUUGAAGAUGACUCUAGUGAUUUAUUCUCUGGUCCUUUUACAAAGCCAGUUAAAAAAUCAGCUAGUGCUGUUAAGAGCAGUUUGUUUAAUGAUUUUGACAGUGAAGAUGAUGAGACUGAAGAUUUGUUUGCUUCAGUCUCUAGUAGGAAAAGUAAUCAGAGCAAAUCUGAAUUAUCUGACACUGAAAUAAGUGUUAAGGGUAAUAAUAAUAAUAAUAAUAAACAAGCCGACGGUUUUGAGGACGAUGAAGAUAAUGAAGAAGAAUUGUUUUUUGAUGCCAGUGAAAAACCUUCGUCGGACUCUAGCAAAGGUGACCAGUCUCCAGCGGUGACUAGUGUUACUGCUACUAGUGUUACUGCUGGUAGUAAAAAAACUAAGUUAGAAGAUAUUUUUGGUGGUCAGUCUAGUGGUGAAGAGGAUAUCUUCUUUGCUAAAAAACCUAUCGCCAAAGACAAAGCCAGCUCUUUUUUUUCAAACGAAGGCGAGAGUGACGAUGACUUGUUUGCAAUAAAACCCGCGGCUGGAUUGUCUCAGUCUGCGGAUAAGCCGAUUAAAAAAUCAGUUACUAGAGAUUUAAAAAAAACCGCUGAAGCUAUCAGUGAAGACCCACUCAGUAUACUUCACGAUGAUUAA